CUUGGACUUGGGAGUUGGGAGUGGUAAACUAGGCUGCCCACCAUCUCUGAUCCAAGAAUUCAGAGAGGAGAUUUGAAUCCAAUGGAAACUGAAACUUUCAAUAGACACAACAAAUCAAGAAAGAAACAAAGAUCUCCACUUUUGAUCUUCCUUUUUCUCUUCACUCUAAUUCUCCUCUUCUACUACUUCAAAAACUUCAUUUCCCCUUCUCUUCUUCCCCUUCCCCAAAAAUCGAAAAUACCCAUUAUACCCCGCCCCUCGCAAUGCAACCCCACAAAUCGCCUUCAGGGGAAGUUUCUCUGGUACGCACCUCACAGUGGGUUCAGUAAUCAGUUGGCUGAGUUCAAGAACGCUAUUUUGAUGGCUAAGAUCCUUAAUCGGUCCCUAAUUGUGCCGCCCAUAUUGGAUCACCAUGCUGUUGCGCUUGGUAGUUGUCCUAAAUUUAGGGUUUUGAACCCUAUUGAGUUGAGAUACGCUGUUUGGAAUCAUAGUGUCCAUCUAUUGCGUGAUUGCAGAUAUGUAUCCAUGGCUGAUAUAGUUGACAUCUCACCACUUGUGUCUUAUUCAACAGUGAGAUUUGUUGAUUUUCAAGUAUUUGUGUCCUUGUGGUGUGGUGUAAACUUGGAUGAUAUUUGCUCUAAAGACCAAAAUAUUCCAUCUCCUUUAUCUGAGAGACUUAGAGAAUGCGGUUCUCUGUUGUCUGGUUACUAUGGUAGUAUAAGUGAUUGUUUGACUGCUUUAGAAGAUGACUGUAGAACGACAGUUUGGACAUAUCAAAAAGAUGUUGAGGACGGGGCUUUAGACUCAUUUCAACCUGAUGACCAACUUAAGACGAAAAAGAAGAUUUCAUUUAUUAGGAGAAGAAAAGAUGUAUAUAAGGCUCUUGGUCCUGGUUCUGCAGCAGAAUCAGCCACUAUUUUGGCGUUUGGAAGCCUUUUUACUUCUCCUUAUAAGGGAUCUGAAUCCCAUAUCGACAUUCAUGAAGCUCCUAAUGAUCCCGUGAUACAGACCUUAAUCGAAAAGAUAGAGUUCCUUCCCUUUGUUCCUGAAAUAAUAAAUGCUGGCAAGAAGUUUGCUCUUCAAACUAUCAAAGGUCCCUUUCUUUGUGCACAGCUCAGGCUACUAGAUGGACAAUUCAAGAACCACCAUAAAUCUACUUUUCUUGGUCUGAAGCAGAAGUUAGAAUCUUUGAAGCAAACAGGACAGAAACCGAUCCAUGUAUUUGUGAUGACUGAUCUCCCCGUGGCUAAUUGGACGGGGAGUUACUUAGGGAGCAUAGCAAAAGAUUCAGAUGCCUUUAAGCUGUUUGUUAUUAGAGAAGAAGAUGACUUGGUUCAAGAAACGGCUAAAGAAGUCAUGGCUGCGGGGCAUGGGCUAAAACUUGGUUCAAUUUUACCGAGUUCAGCAGGGAUUAACAAGCAUCACCAUCCUCGAUCUUUUUCUGAUGUUCUCUUAUACAUAGAGGGAACAGUCUGCAGCUGCGCUUCUCUUGGUUUUGUUGGCACUGCUGGGUCAACGAUUGCCAAGAGCAUAGAAUUAAUGAGAAAACAUGGCAUUUGUUCUGGCUAAAAUGCUGCUAUUGUUGUUGGCUUCUAGCUAACUAAUGCUAUUUACCUAGAUUUGUGGUCUCCCCUUUGGCAGCUAGAAUCCACUUAUCACCUGAAAUUCUCCCUUAUGCCGGUCUAAACAAACUUGAAAUUGCGAAUUAACAAUGUCCUAUGUGAAUUCAAAGAUGACAAGGCUGACAAAUCUGAAGGAUAUUAGUGAUCCAUACUACUGGAAAAGGAACUAGUGGAUGAAGAAUCCGCAAAGCUUAUUUCAAGGGAUUGGAACCACUGAUGGGUGAAUAUUUUUGUGCAAAGGUUCUUUUCUUCAAAUUUAUAGUGCUAACUAGAUACCACUUAUUUGAUUUAAGGCGGUAAUUGUGUGUGCAAAUUUAAGUCCAUAAUUGGAUACAAGAUCAACAACCUUCAAAUCAGCGUCUUUGUUGAUCUCCUGACGUUUAAUAACCUAUAUAUUAGCAAAGAAGAACCAUGUAGAUCAGUUGAAAUAUACAGAUUGUUUAUUUAUCUGUUAGAAAUUCCCUCACUUUCCUGAAUACAGUCUAUGUUGGAUGGUGUGGCUUACUAUAUGCUAAAAAGAAAUUGAAAGGGUACUUCUAUGUUGAUUCUCAGUUGUUCAUGUCCUCCUCACUAUAAUGUUGCUAUGAAACAUGGAAACACAAGCAUACUGUUAUCUGUUCAACGGCGUUAUAUAUUUAAAUUUGGCUGCAGCUGAACUAUCUUCUGAAUAAUGGUUUAUGAUUUUGUUAACAAAGCUUCAGCAUAUAAUCUAAUAUAAAUAUUUUAAAUAAAAUCAAGGUAACAGCCUAAUAGGGAUCAAGAUUUUGAGCCAACUACUGUAGAGUAGAAAUUUCAGACUUUUAUCUAAACUCAUUGUGUAUUUCACAAAAACUUUCUCACAGAGAAGUAUGAAUUGACAGCAAAGUUUCCUGAGUUAUUUGCUUCUGGAGAAAAGGGUAGUACUGAAUAUUGUUAUAUAGAUUGAUUCAGGUUGAUAUUUGUUACUCCUAUCUUUUAUUUGUCUAUCCUUGUGGACUAGGGCUCACACGGUAGCAGAAGAAAAAAAUGCUAUGUGAUUUUUUCCCAUCAACCUAAGAUUUUGGCUGAUAGAGUUACACAGUACCAUUGUUGGUGAGACUUGGAAGGUUGCAGCUACCUGUGGAAUAGACGAGUUGUGCACAAGUUGGUCUGUACACAAUUGCUAUAUAGAUUUUUUUAAAGUGGAUGAUAUUCAUAAUUUGUAACUACUUGUAUUGAACCAUACUGAUGAUGGCAUUUAUAUGAGUUAUGUUUCUGUUGGUGUUCU